CGCCGCUAGCUGGAAACAGAAAACCGGAAGGAUGCUGCGCCACGGAGGAAGCGUGGGGAUUAUAUUAUUUGACGCUGUCUUCAAUUAUAUUCUGUUACGAUUGUAACUACACUGCAUCUUUACCCUUUUUUCUUGAUUUUGGUUUUAUCUUUGGUCGCUAUGUUCCCAUCUUGUUACUCUAAGCCCUCGGACAGCGGAGGUAAGAGGAGCUCGAUCGCUAAGGUGCUGCUCGGGGUGUUUGUGGUGUAUAUGCUCCACACCGCCUGGCUGCUGUACGGCUUCGUCAACACCAAACCCUGCGACGGAAGCACAGGAGAGCUCUGCAUCUACUCGUACUUGACAGGCAGACCAAGACUGCAGCUGAGUGUUUUUACCUGCCUCUUGCCGGACAACAGUCAGCUCAACCUUGCUGUAAAAGUAGAUCCUUUUGACCCUCACCUUACAUUUGAAAAUCAGGUGAAUAUCUCCCUGCCAGAGGAGACUCAGGCUAAUGGUACCUUGUAUGCAGUUGUUUAUGUUCACAAAGCUGGUGUUUCACCAUUGGAAGAUAGAAAAGAAGUCCACUAUGCAGCUCAGCUCACCACCUACAUCACUCCUCCCAACACAGGUGACCAGAAGGACACACAGAAGCAACCUAGAGCUGAGACUCCUGUAUCACAUUGGAGGCCGCACUUGUCAGUCACUUUGAUGUCAGAGGAUUUCAGCUUCAGCAAGGCGGGGCUUCCCAGCGAUGUGCGUCGCUACAUGAGAGUCUCUCAGGAGGGCAGACAGAUGAUCUACCUCCCUCUGCUGCUGGUCAAUGAGCUCAGCUUCAGAGUCAGAGACCUCAUGGAGAUCAGCAGCAGAACUGUGCAGCUUCCUCUGACUGUGUCCUAUGAGGGGAUCUCAUUAAGAAGAUUCAGGUUUUGGGUUCAUCUACAUGACAUAGUUUAUUCCCUGCGGCAGUUUGGCUUCACCGAGGAGAAUAUAGAUGAGAUUAAAGAAACCUUGGUUGGCUCCAAUCUGUACCUGUUAGUGCUGACUGCACUCAUCACAGCUCUACAACUCAUCUGUGAAUUUCUGGCCUUAAAAAAUGACAUCAGUUCAUGGAGGAAAAAGAAGACCAUGGCGGGAAUGUCAAGGAAGUCAGUUCUGUGGCGUUGUCUCAGCACUUUGCUGAUAUUCCUUCAUCUGCUGGAGGAAACCAGCCUGCUAGUGCUCCUUCCUGUUGGACUGGGAGCUUGUGUGGAGGUGUGGAAGGUCUUUAAAGUGUUUAAGAUCCAAAUGAACAAGAAGUUUCAUAUUAACAAGAUGGAUGAAGAAGAGCGAAAAACAGUGGAAUAUGAUGCUCAGGCAUCCAGAUACUUGUCCUACUUGGUGUUUCCUCUGUGUAUCAGUGGAGCCAUUUUCUCGCUAGCCUACUUACGCCAGAAGAGUUACUAUUCCUGGCUGAUCAAUAGUCUGGUUACUGGAGUGUACGCAUUUGGCUUCCUGUCUAUGGCUCCUCAGAUCUUCAUCAACCACAAGUUGAGGUCUGUGAGCCACCUGCAGGGAACAGUGUUGAUGUACAGAGGAGUGAACACACUGAUUUCAGAUCUUUGCUCCUGCGCUUCCCUUUUCUCCACCUCUGUCUCCUUCUCCUCCUCUCACCAACUUUCCUGCUUCAGAGACGAACUCCUCUUCUUUCUGUACCUCUACCAGAGAAGACUUUAUGUUUCCAAACCCAGAAGACGGGAGACUGUUACCAAGAAAGUGAAGACUCACUGAGAAGAUAAACCUUGAAAAACAAAUUGGAAACAAUCAACCUUGAAGUUGUUAAACAGAAACACAGACAGGAAACCUGCCGGCAUGUGCAACAGCAUAUGCUGACUGAUCUUAGACCAUCUGUUCUGCUGCAGACUUUAUAAUCAUGGAGCUACUGCUGAUUUUGGCUUGGAUUUGAUGGAUUUUACUGUUGCUUCUGUAAAGAGUGAACUUAUUUAUCAAUCUAACCUGGUUUUUACUUUUAAUAACUACAUCUGCAGCCUCAAAUAAUUUGUUCUGAUGUAAGUGUUCGCUGUAAAGGAUCAAUUCCAUAAUUUAGUGCAGCUGAAAAGCAUUAACCAGCACAUUUUGCUGACUUAUCUCAAAUGCCUAAUCACUGAUUUUCCCUUUUAAAACCAACUUUAACAGAUUUUUCUUUUUCCAUAACUGUUUGCAAAGCUUGAAUAUAUGUACAGAAAAUCUUACACACUUGUUCCAGCAUUUCAGAGACUGAUGUUUGACUGAUUCACAGUUACAUUUAAGGGUAAAUAUUCUGGAUUUGUUCUUUUUUUUUUAAAUUUGUUUUACACACAAUUUCACAAAGAUGCAGUGCAACACAUUUGUUCAAACCUAACAAUGGAAUGACCAGAAUGUAAAACAAGGUCCUGUUGUUUGGACAUGUUACUGCUUAGCAACAUGUAUGUUAUGAUCCAUCUGCAGAGUUGCACGGAUAACUUGGUCAGGAAUACAUUGUGGGGCCUUCUUGCUUGCAUAUUAGAAGGAAUAAAUGACUUACAUUACUUUCUGGAGCCUGAUGUUGAACUGAAGUGAAGGUACUUCUUUAACUGGGCUCUUGUGCAAGCGAACACAUCAGACUUUGCUUGAUGGGUGGAUUUGAUAAUAUUCAUUUAAUUUUAUUCUGUUUUUUGAUAAAUGCCAUUGCAUAAAAUAUUUCUUUAUCUUUGCUGUUGUAUUUUAUUCAGUGAGAAAUUUCUAUUGUAGUUGAGCUGCAAACCGGUCCUAGCAUACUGACUUGGCAGGGUUACCGUAAAAAGUAUGCAAAGUUAACAGAUGCAAAAGGUAAGGGCUGUUACGGCCGGCAUGCCAAAGGACAGACAAUUUGAAAGAACUGGCCUAAAAUGUCAUGAAAUACGAUUGCAGAGAAACAAAUGAAUCAUCUGUCAUGUCUUGUCAUAUACCUUGUGGUGCAGAUUAAUUUAUAAAAGAUUUUAAAUUUAAACCCACCUGUGACAUUACACUGCAUGGGAAACACUGUAAAUGGAUGCAUUUGAAUGUUUCUCCUUCUUGACUGAACUGCUUCAACUAAAAUGUCAAACUUUUAUUAUUUUCUAAAUUUUGAUAAACGGGCCCAAAAAAAUGUGUAAAUAUGUAAAAUCUGCUACCAGACACUUGGAAUGAUAUGUAUGCUCGUGUCUGUGCAACGACGACACUGUCUGACUUGAUUCUUGGUGUCUUUACACUUUAGUAAAAAUAUAAACAUA